AUGAAGUUCCUGGUCAUUUUCAUAGUCGCCACUUUUGUUGGUGUUUCACAUAAUUCAACUGUACCAGUGAAGGCAGGAGAAUAUACGAGCUUUUCGUAUGACGUUGCUGACCCUCUAACCGGUGACUACAAAAGCCAAGUAGAGUCUCGCAUAGAUGGUUUUGUAAAGGGUCACUACUCUCUAAUAGAUGCAGAUGGAAGGAAGCGAAUUGUAGAAUAUAGUGCAGACGAUAAGAACGGAUUUCAGGUGAAUGUACGAAAGGAACCUCGUGGUACAAUAUUCGUUGCUCGCUCGUUC